AUGACAAUGCCGUCGCAGCAACAAAACAACAAAUACCCAGGCAGUAAUGCCCCAUAUAUCGCGGGUCUCAGUACUGGCUUCUCCCUCGACACACUAGCCACUGCUCCUCUCGGCCCCACGUACGACCGUCUUGCUGAGUGGGCGGACAACACCUCAACACGCGAUAAUCCGGUCACGGAUUUUCUGUUCGAGAUUGUCCCUGUUGAGAAUCCGACUGAGAAGGGGACUUCUGGGAAAAAAUCGACCCAGAAGAAGUCGACCAACAAGAAAUCGACUCAGAGGCAGGACGCGGCUCACAAUAAAUCGACUGAGAAGAAGCCGACUCAGAAAAAACAGAAGACGAAAUGA